AUGGCCCGUGCGGCUCGCUGGCCCCAUGCACUCUGGCUGGCACAGCAGAUGCAGGAGGACGGCAUAUCACCAAACUCCAUCACCACAACGCUGCUCCUCGUUGCUUGUCGUCCACACCGUUGGUGCUCGGCACUGCUUCUGCUCACCUCCGCGAUGUCACUCGCAUCCUGGAAUGUGGUUCUAGGGCUGGCCCCGACUCCGCGCUUGGCCUUCCGGUGGCUGAGCCAGAUGACGGAGUCUACGGUAAGGCCCGAUCCCGUCAGCUUCGGUGCCGUGGUCGCCAGCGCGAGUGCUGGGAGCUUCUGGCAGGAAGCCAUAAGAGCCAUGGAUUUGGGGCGGAGCCAGGGAGCGAGGCCACUGCCCGGAGCCCGCUGCGCCGCGCUCAGCGCCUUCGCUCGGUGCGCACGCUGGCGCACUGCACGGGAGGUCCUCGCAUCCACGACCUCACCAGGAAGAGAAGAGCUCAAUGCUGCCACCUCGGGAGCCGUUGAGCUCUGGGCUGAUGCUCUAGCGAUCUUUUUCAGUCAGCGAGGUCGUUCGGUGCGCCCGGACUCCUAUGGCCGCAACGCUGCAUCUACUGCGUGUGCUCGUGCUGGGCACUGGCGGCAGGCGUAUGCUCUGACCUUUCGGGUUGCUGACCUUGAUGCCGUUGGUAUCGGCACCAUCUUCAACGGGCUUGCCACCGCUGCCGCUGCAGCUCUGAUUCCAGAGGCUUGGGCUCACGCAUGGAGCCUUCUAGCACUGAUGGGAAGCCAAGGCAUACUCCUGGACACGCUCGCUUUGAACGCCGCCGUCACGCUGCCGCGCUGGCAGCGGGCUGCUGUGCUGGUGGCCGCCUUCCCGGCCCAUCAGCUACGACCAAAUUCCAGCACUCUCGCGACAGUGCUCUCUAGCCUUGCAGACAGAGCGCUCUGGGAAGUGGCGCUUGGACUACUCGCAGCACGCAGUGCAAGCGAAACGGCGCCGAUCAAUGCAGGCAUUGCUGCCUGUGAUCGGGGAGGUGCCUGGCAGAAAGCUCUGGGCCUCCUCACGAAGCGGGGUCUGCGCCGCGACGAAGUUGGCUUCGGGGCGGCGCAGAGUGCCGUCGGGAAGUCCGGUGACUGGGCUGGCGCCCUCUCCCUCUUGAGUGAAGGCCGUUUGUUUUCCUUGAGAGUGACGGAAGUGUCGCUGGCAGCUGCCCUCGCUUCGAGCCAAAAAGUUUGGAAGGCCGCAGUGUCCUUGCAGGGCUGGGCGGUUAGACGAAUGCUGGAGGUUGCGGAGCUUGCGCGCCUGGCACUGCUCGCUUCCACAGGUGCGGCAGGGAUCUGGACCCGUUCGUUGCUGCUGUGGCCAGCCUCGCUAGGAGAUGCGAAGGACACGGCGCUUCGCAGCACCAAUGCCGCCGUCUCGUCCUGUGCCGUCGCCUCGGCCUGGCGCUGGGCUGUUCGACUGGUCAGCGAAGUCAGGAAGUGGGAGCUGUCGCAGACGGCCAUCACGCAGCAGGCGGCCUUGGCCGCUUUCGAAGCUUCCGGCCAGAGGCGGCGCGCGGCCGCCUUACUGGAGGAGCUCAACGAAGCUCCAGCUGCCCUGAGACCGAGCAGAAAGGGCCUCUCUGAAGCUGGCGGCUUCCAUAGGUUUUAG